CCGUGAACUCGCUUUUUGCGUUUUGUCGACGUUGUCAACGAUGUCGGAGUUACCGUCGCUCCUCCUCGCGUCGUUGAACCCUGCUGCUCGAAGACAGGCCGAGCAAAGUCUCCAUGAUCUCAGCGUCCAACCCGGCUUCCUGUCUGUUCUGCUUCGUCUCGUCCUGGAACAGAAUCAAGACCGCGCUGUUCGUCUCGCCGGAAGUGUCUAUCUCAAAAAUGUGAUUAAAAGUAGAUGGGAAGAUGACGAGCCACCUAUCCCAGAAGCGGACAAAGCAGUCUUGCGAAACCAGCUCGUUCCCGCCAUGAUCGCGUUAUCCAACGCGUCUGACAAGACGAUGCGUGCUCAGAUAGCCGAAUCUAUAUCCCUUGUUGCAAACUGCGACUUUCCCGAGAAGUGGUCGGACCUAGUUGAGAAACUCGUGCAUUCGCUCUCGGAGACAAAUUAUGAUGUCAAUAUCGGUGUACUCGAGACAGCCCAUUCGAUAUUUCGUCCCUGGCGCGCGGCGACGCGCUCCAACGAGCUCUUCACGAUCAUCAACUAUGUCCUCAGCAUUUUCACUCGUCCGUUUUUAACCCUGUUCCUGCACUCGACGUCCUUGCUCUUCUCUGAGCCGCCUCCGCCAAACCUUGCCUUGAUAGCGCAGACGGAGGUCAUCCUCGUGGACAUCUUCUAUGACCUGACAUGUCAGGAUCUCCCUCCGGACAUUGAAGACACACAUGAACAAUUCUUCGGACAACAGAGCGGACUAUUCCUCCAGCUGCUGGCGUGGGACCGGCCACAGCUGCAGGGCGACCCCGACGACAUGGUCCCUUCGCUUCCAUCGCAAAUCAAAACAGGAAUUCUCGAGAUUGCAGAGCUGUUUGUGAAACUCUAUCCCGAGGUGCUGCAGAGCACAAACUCAGUCGCGGGGUUCGUGCGGGGCAUCUGGGAACUCGUCGGCAAUGGAAAGCGCAUGGGCGUUGCAGACGAUGGGCUCGUAUCGCAGUCCCUCCGGUUUAUCUCGACGGCGAUUCGUGCCGGGUCAUAUAAGGACCUAUUCGGGUCAAAAGAGACGAUCUCAAACCUCGUGCAAGGCAUUGUCGUCCCAAACGUGAGCUUGCGAGAGCAUGAUAUCGAACAAUUUGAGGAUGACCCGCUCGAGUACAUCCGGCUCGACCUUGCAGUGCCCUCACUCGGCGGGGCGGGCGUGAGCACCGAAGCGAUCACGCGCCGGCAGGCGGCUGCGGAGGUGUUGCGCUCGCUGGUGUCAUCUGGCUUUGAGGCCGAUACGACAGAGGUUGCGGGCGCAUGGAUUGGAGAGGGACUGCGAGAAUACAACGAGAACCCGAAGGAGAAUUGGCGAGCAAAGGAUACCGCGAUCUAUAUCCUGACUGCUGUGGCGACACGUGGAAGCACGACGCAGCAUGGGGUAACAUCAACGAACGCUCUUGUUGAUGUGGUCCAGUUCUUCUCGGAUCACGUCCUUCAGGAUCUGCAAGCUGAACCCGGCAGUGUCCAUCCUAUCUUACAAGUUGAUGCGAUCCGGUUCUUGCACACGUUCCGUAAUCAGCUGGUCAAGCCGCAGCUUAUCGCUGUCCUCCCGUUGCUUGUGCGUCACCUCGGUUCCGAUAACUACGUCUGCUAUACGUAUGCGGCAAUUAGUAUCGAGCGGAUACUGUUCAUCAGACAAGGAAACACGUUGCUCUUCACCCAGGCGGACAUCCAUGAGCUUGCGCCCCACCUCCUCGACGCACUCUUCUCAAAAGUGGAACAGGCGGGUACACCUGAGAAGGUCGCUGAGAACGACUACUUGAUGAAAUGUGUUAUGCGGGUCAUCCUCACCGCCCGCUCCACUUUUACCGAGGGCUACGAGAAAAUACUGCAACGGCUGGUUGGGAUCCUGGGCAUCAUCUCGAAGAACCCGAGCAAUCCUAUGUUCGAUCAGUACAUCUUCGAAAGUAUCUCGGCGCUCAUGAGAUUUAUUGUGGCCGCCAAACCUACCUCGCUUUCCACGUUUGAAGAAUCUUUGUUCGGUCCAUUCACAAUAAUCAUCCAGCAGGAUAUUGAUCAAUACAUCCCCUAUGUGUUCCAGAUCCUCGCCCAGAUGCUUGAACUCCACCCGUCUGAUGUGCCUGCUGCCUAUCACAACCUGCUUCCCUUCCUCCUCACACCUGCCGCAUGGACGCAGAAAGGCAGCAUCCCUGGUCUUGUCAAGCUCCUCAAGGCGUUCCUUGCUCGCGAUGCAAAAGGGAUGAUUGCUAACGGACAACUUACUCCUGUGCUUGCCGUCGCACAGCAACGACUCAUCCCAUCCAAAUUGAACGAUGCAUGGGGCUUCGAGCUGCUCCAAGCAGUCAUGCAAUAUGUCCCGUCGGCCACCUUGAAACAAUAUUUCCGCGCGCUGAUGAUCACUCUUCUGCAGAGAAUGCAGACGAGCAAAACGGACAAAUACGUCUACCACUUCGUGUACUUCCUGACAUUCUCGAUGGCGAUCAACGUUGAAGGCCUGAACCCGGACUACAUCAUUAGCUCCGUAGAGGAGAUCCAACCUCAGCUGUGGCCACAAAUCUUGGCCAAUUUCGUUGUGCCACAGGCGCCAAAGAUGCCUCCGAAAGACCGCAAAGUGGUGGUUGUCGGGCUGACGCGGUUAUUGACACAGAGCGCGUAUAUGCUGCAAGAGCCUUCUGUGCAAGCAUGGCCGCUAAUCUUUUCCGCUCUUGCAAAGCUCUUCCGGGAGCCGGAAUUCCUUACUGCAAAGGAAAGUGGAGACGCCGACGCAGGCAUAACGGCAAUCGACUACGAAGAACAGACGGCUGGAUACCAGGCCGCCUAUUCACGGCUUGCUGCAUCGGAAACCAUUAGCGUGGACCCUGUUGCUUACGUACGGGAUCCUAGGGAGUACCUCGGCCAGGAAUUGGUCAAAUUGACAAAAAGAGAUGCACGGGUGAAGACACUGAUCUCUGCUGCCGAUCCUGUGACUGUACCGCCAUUUUUGCAGUCUCUGGCAGCUUCGGGUUAUACGCUUUGAUCUUCGUCUUCGUCUGCUACCUAGUUAUCCUAUGCGUCGACGUUUCACUUACUGGUAAGAAUUAGCUCGGAACCAAUGUUAUAUUGCUUUCACAAAUGUACGAUAGUCGUAGAGAAUGUACGAGCGCCAUAUGCAGUGUUAGUGAAACCAGGAUUGAC